UGCCCAGUGUGCUUUGCGUGCCGCCAUUUUGAAUUCUAACAGUAAUUUGUCUGAAUUUCUUCCUCGAGAGGAUUUUGUUGAAAUCCAAGAGAAAUUUGGCCACAGAUUUCGGCUAAAACCUCCUAACCCAGCCAUUAGAACCAAUGGCGGCAAUACGGAAGAAGCUGGUGAUAGUAGGCGACGGUGCUUGCGGUAAAACCUGCCUUUUAAUCGUCUUCAGCAAAGACCAGUUUCCGGAGGUCUACGUGCCCACUGUCUUCGAAAACUAUGUAGCAGACAUCGAAGUUGACGGAAAAUUGGUGGAACUGGCGCUAUGGGACACAGCUGGCCAGGAGGACUACGACAGACUGCGUCCGCUAUCGUACCCAGACACUGACGUCAUCCUCAUGUGUUUCUCCAUUGACAGCCCAGACAGCUUAGAGAACAUCCCAGAGAAGUGGACACCAGAGGUGAAACACUUCUGCCCUAACGUGCCAAUCAUUUUGGUGGGUAACAAGAAGGAUCUGAGGAACGAUGAGGGGACUAAGCGUGAGCUGGCCAAAAUGAAGCAAGAACCAGUCAAAGCAGAAGAAGGGCGACAUAUGGCAGAGAUGAUCAAUGCCUUUGCAUACCUUGAGUGCUCAGCCAAGACCAAAGAGGGGGUGCGAGAGGUCUUUGAAACAGCCACCAAGGCUGCACUGGCAAAUAAGAAGAGGAAGCGCAAGCCGAAGUGUCUGCUGUUGUAGGUUGACAUGGCAGGGCCGCAGAGAUGUGUUUCCCGCAUCCUGGUGCAACCGACCAAUCAGGGACGUGUAUCCUCCCCCUCGACGAAUCAGGGGCUGCCCUUUCCCUGAUGUCAUUAGUGUGUUGAUAAAUAUGUAGCUUACAGGCUUUUUUGACUCCCGUUUUGUACUCCCCACAGUAAUGAACGCCUUAACAGUAGUUCAAUUCUUCACUUUCUUUGAAUGAUAGGCACGGACGUGUGAAUAGAACAUUCCAAGUCAUCAACACACACAUCAAGUGAGGAAAUGACGCCUUGAAAUUUUCACCUGCAAUCCAAAACGCUUGAAUAAGUAUGUUGACUGAUAUACCUUUGUGGGAUAACCCAUGUUUUGUAUAGAUUUUGUGGAUUUAUGUUGUAAUAGCUUGCUAUAGUAGUACGUAGGUUGGUAGGAUUGUUCAGCAAACGACUAUUGAUAAUGAGCAAUUGGACACAUAUAGACAUUUUUAGGGAUAAUUAACCACUUAGAUAUAAGAAAUUACAAAAGGAGGCAUGUGAGAAAAAGUGGUGACAACUUUGAUAUGUACACUUAUAAUGCGACGCUGACUUUUUUUGUACUUACUUAACAUGUUUAGUUCCACAAAUGGGUAAAUAAGUAUGGUAGGAGAACUAGUGUUGCUGUAUUAAUCAUUUUUUCUGAGGCAAGUGUUGUUUGGUUUUCUCUUUGGUGACUGAAGACUUGAGAAGAUAUGUUCCUUAGGUAUGGAGUGAAAUACAGAGGUCAGUAAACUUUCUGUCAAGGACCUCACAUGACAAGAAUGCAAGGUGACAUUGCCACAGAACUGCUCCCCUCCCCUUGUACUUGACCUUGGAUGGUAACAAAACUGUAUGUCUUGAACAAAAAACCACUCUGAUGUAUGUGACAUGAAAAAAGGUAGAAAGAUUUUUGCUUUGCUUGAUGUAUUGAACUAUGAAGUUUGUAUAGAUUAAUUUGUUUCCACCUUGAAACUCCAAGAUCCCCACAAGUGCCAGUUUUCUGUGUGCAUUUUGUAACUUUGGUGGAUUGGGACCUGUUGUUUCUACCUAAAACUCUACUAUGUACAAAGCCCUGUUUCUUCAAUAGAAGAGAAAUUAGCAUUGCUGGUAUAUUCAAAAUAGGGAUCACUGUGGCAUCAAUUUAAUCUCCUUCAACCUCCUAACAUGUCUGUCAACAGUACUCUGAAAAAUCAUCUUCCAUUUUUCAUUCGAAAGAAUGCGAAAGUUACUUUGUUAGAGGCACACAUUUUUUUGUUCCUUACCAAAAAUUCUGACCCCCUAACAAAUCUCUGACAUUUUCACUGACUUGUCACAUGGACAAGAAAGCAUGACUGUACUGGAAAACCUUUUGCUGUUUAGAUUCUAGACCUGUCUCUAUGAAUUCUUUUAUUUUGUGCCAUUUUGUGCUGGUUACUUUCCUGAAGUACCAAAUGCACGUAGAGGUUCGUGUUAUGUUUCCCCUACGUGUGCCUUUUUCCAGCUGUAAGCUAUGUUGCCUCCUCAAAAUAAAGUUGUGUUUUAAUGGCAAA